GACUGAUCCAGCGGCCACCGCACCUUCCGGAAUUACUAGUUCAACUGCUCCCGCAACAACCGCGGUAGAGGCUAAUAUUGCUGCCGGGGAUCUUCAUGCCACCACCACGACCGCAGCGGCCUCGUCCAUGCUUGCGAGCGCGUAUGAUUCCAUUACGGAAACGUACCACAGUGCCGUGAACGCAGUUUCUGGCCUCAGUCCUUUCUCCUCGGACAGCGCCGCGGAAAAUGGGAGCGCCGCGGGCGGGUUUCUUACUGGCGGAAUCAUUCAAAGCAUGGCGGAAGCCGCCGCUUACACCGGGGACCGCAUUACGCAGGCCGCUUUUUCACCUCUGUUCCUGGUGAUGGCGACCAGUUUUGCGCUUUCCUCGAUGAGCCAUUUGGCGUAUCGGACUCCACAGCACCCCCCCCUUAUGCGGUUAGAAGGCAUGAGCAGCAACAUAGAAAUAUAGGACGGCACCAGAGCAAGAAAAAGAACGUAGCUCAUGGUAAGUACGCGUGACACACAAAACUUCAUGUGUGGCACCAGUGCAUUUUUGCAUGGUUUUGUCACCACGCAACAUCGAGCUAAGAGGUAACACCAACUCCAAGGCCAAGGGCUGGAGUUGCUCAUUUGCAUCACAAACUAUUGCAGGGGAGGAGACGCUGCGCACUGUCAUAGGGCGUUGCUAUACCAAUCGCGGAAGGCCAAUCGCAUCAUCACCGGUUUUUAUCAGGCCGUAGUCGGCGAGUCGUGUAUCUUCCAGAACAACGUGCCAUUCGGUGAUUUUGAAGCACGGCUGGAAACGUUGCUGGUGAUACUGCGAGGACUACUGGACGAGUAUGUAAGCGUUGGAAAAAAAGUAGCGCGCUUCUACGUGUUGGACGGACAAAGCUCUUUUGUUCGGUACGUGAACGGAAAGAACAAGAUGCGGAGAAGUUGUGCGGAAGAAGAUCAAGGACAGGGCGUUGGUCAAGCCUUUCCCCUGGGACCACAAGCUGAGUUAUUCGCGCGAGACGAAGCAGAUUUCGAGGACGUACUGGAGGAGGUUCGCAUCUGGCGCAACGAUCAUUUCCUAGGUUUUAACGGCUUUGCUACUCCGAGACCUUUUGCGUUGGAUCCACGAAGCUCGCCGGACAUGACCAAGAGGAAGCAAACUGCAGGGUCCAGCAAGCCGUUCGAAUACAAUUAUGAAAAUGCUCAUGAGCUGCAAGGAGCUCCUUCGGGUUCGGAAACAGAUGCAGCUCCUGCUGUGCCCCAGGAAGGCCUCGUGGUGUUUUACUUUUCCAACUCCGCGAGCACUGUGAUCGAACCGACAGCGUACACGCCAACAUCGCUCGGCGCGGAUUUUUGGAGAGACAAUGGAGCAGCGGCUCCUGCUGCAAGUAUCCCGACAUCUGCGGUGUCCACCCCUGCUGGUGCUGCCGGUGGACUACAUGCAGGAGCCACAUCUUCUCAGUUAGAAGCUGGCUCCGAAACAAGCCGGGUGUUUCUUUUUGAUCAUUUACUGGGCCCUUUUCAUGUAGAGGGAAAUAAUGCUGCGCAGCGCAAUAUGGUUACGUUGGGCGGCGAGAUUCUGUUGGGUUCCAACACGAGCGGCACUUUUCGCAACAUCAGCUUUCGGAAUCCGCCUUUGGUUCCACCCGAGAAACAACAGCCAGCAUCCUCAUCGGAGGAGGUCGCGGAGCAGCAGCUGCAUGGCGGCGCAGGCGAGGGACUUGGUGUGGAUGCGGAAGUGCAACAUCGCAGCCUGCAGUUUGUGGACCGAACGAAUACUGAAGCCAAGGCAGCGCAGGCCACCUCCCAGCCACCUAGACCGGCAACUCCUCCAGCUGCAGCUCAAGAACUUCGAUCACCUGGUCCUCGUGGUGGCACAGCCGUGGCGACGCUGCAAAGCAGCCGAGGUGCUCUGCGCUACGAAACUACAGGAGGUAGUACUACUUCCCCGUCAGACGACCACGUGGCCUCCGCUCCUACUUACGUCGAGUUUUCCCGCAGUUGCGAAGUUUUCCGCGCCUCUCCGUAUUACCCGUACCUGGCUGGCCGCGGGGCAUCCACCGCGCAGCGCGCAACCUCAAAACAGCGAGAAAAGUUUCUGCGCGUCAGCUCUGUGUACCCAACAACGACGAGGGGACGGAACAAGCAUGAGGUGGACUUCUUCGGUCGCCAAGUUGUCACGGCUAGGGACGCAGGCGAGCCAAUAAACGGAAGAGGACCACCGUCGGCCGGCGGCUACUUCCUCGAGUCCGCACUCUCCUUCAUCGAGUCCAGUGCGGAGCGAAUGGUGUCCGGCCUUUUCCGUCGGGCGGAACAGCAGGAGGAUCACCCCGAAUUGCUGCAAAACGUCUCAACUCUGUCCCCACAUGGUACAACAACCCACACCGCGCAAAAUCGCGCCGUGAUUCCGCUCUUGAAACGCCAGGUCGCAGGGUCGGACCCACUGAUCCACCGCUCUUUGCCACGACAGUGGUCCGGAUCCUCUGUCGAAGGGGGAGUGCAGUUCGAGGAACCCGCGCCCGCAGUACCGCCCAGAGUGCUUCAGGCAGCUGGCGUUGGUGGACCACAGCCGCAUCACGCCAAGGCGUUUAAACAGCAGAAAAAGUAAAGUGCUCUUUUUAAUUGUUGCAGGAAAGUUGUAUUCCAAGCCCAGAGGCUGAGGCGAGCUCCAACUCCCUUUGCACGCUCCCGCAGAUGAAUUAAACGCAUAAGCUAUUGCCAGACUGCUGCUGCUCUGUGAUACGAGACACAAU